AUCAGAUAUGCCAAUAAUUUCUCUCUUUGCAGAGUUUACCACUAUUAAUUGAGAAUUUGCCAACUGUAUAACGCCAAGCAUGAUGAGCUCACUCACAAUUUGCUGCCUAAAUACAGCAAUGUCGACCGCAUUGUAAUUGCAAGGAACUGCACUGACCAAACUACCUUCACCAUCGCUCUUUCCGCUCCAAUGGCGGCCGGUGAGGAUACCGCGGAGGCCCUCCGCCUCGUACGCGACGUCGUUGGGAUCUCCGCCGCCGGGUUUUCGGGCUUUUUCAAGAAAGACUGCACGGACCUUGCGAGAAGGGUUUCGCUCUUAGCACAUUUGCUUGAAGAGAUUAGGGACACGAAGAAAAGUAAAAAAAAAUGUGAAGUGGGCUCAUCUUCUUUCUCUAAUUCUUGCUUCUCCGAUCUGAUUUUAUCUCUUCAGGCCGCGAAAGGUCUUGUCUUUGCCGCUAACGAUUUUGAUAGCUCCAAGCUUUCUUCUGUUUAUGAUGCACUUCAACUAGAACCAUAUCCUCACAAGAAAUUUUUUCCACUCAAUUUUCAAUAUCUCAAGAAUGGCGCUACAAAGAAAAUCAUGUUCCAAUUUCAAUGCGUGACAUGGAAAUUGGAGAAAGCACUGGCUAACUUACCUUACAACGAUUUCGAUAUAUCCGAAGAAGUAAAAGAGCAGGUUGAUUUAGUGACAUCACAGUUGAGACGAGCCACUGAAAAAUACGGUGGGCCCCUAAACUCGACCUUACUACAGAAAGCAUCAUCUCAGCCAUUGCAUAAAGAUAUCGACCCUUUUCAAACAAACAACAGGUUGAUCAAAAGCUUACAUGUGGAUGAUAUCAGCAAUAUUGAUCAUGAUGUCAGCAUGAAAAUGGAAGGUCUUGCUUUAGUGAACCAUGUUUUGGAUGAAGUUUGCGAGAACAAAGAAAAUGUAAUAAGGAAUAAUAGUUUGUCAUGCAAAAACGUAGAGGAGAACAAGAAAUCUGAUUCUGUUGUGAUUCCGGAUGAUUUUCGUUGCCCAAUAUCUCUCGAGCUCAUGAGGGAUCCAGUGAUUGUGGCUACAGGACAGACAUACGAAAGAUCGUACAUCCAACGGUGGAUCGACUGUGGGAACACAACAUGCCCGAAAACCCAACAAAAACUCCACCACCUCACUCUCACUCCAAACUACGUCCUCAGAAGCCUCAUCUCUCAAUGGUGCCUCAAACGCAAUCUCCACCACCCCACCAAAAACUCUAUACACAAUCUAUCCGCCUUCCAAACCCUCGUUCGCCGCCUCUCGACCGGAAAAUGCAAUUCCGCCCUCUCCCAAAUCCGAUCACUUUCCAAAAAAAGCACGGAAAACCGAAUCCUUCUUGCCGAGGCCGGAGCCAUUCCGAUUCUCAUCAACCUAUUAACUUCCGAAAACGCCCAUAUUCAAGAUAAUGCCGUCACAUGCCUUCUCAACCUCUCGAUUUACGAAAACAACAAGGGAUUAAUCAUGCUUGCAAACGCAAUUCCCUCGAUUGUUCAACUUCUUAGAUCCGGAAGCAAUGAGGCUCGAGAAAAUUCGGCCGCCACACUAUUUAGUUUGUCUUUAGUCGACGAGAAUAAAAUAAUAAUCGGGGCCUCGGGAGCUAUUUCUGCUUUGGUGGAUUUGUUGGAAAACGGGAGCUCGAGAGGGAAGAAAGAUGCUGCAACAGCUUUGUUUAAUCUGUGUAUUUAUCAUGGGAAUAAAGGGAGGGCUAUUCGGGCCGGGAUUAUAAACGGGCUUUUAAAGAUGCUUACAGACUCAAAUGGAUGCAUGGUUGACGAGGCUUUGACCAUUCUUUCUGUUCUUGCGAGUCACCAUGAAGCGAAGGUUUGUAUUGUGAAGGCGAAAAUGAUGCCUGUUUUGGUGGGGCUUCUUAAGACGGGUUUGCCGCGCGGGAAAGAGAAUGCGGCCUCUGUUUUGCUGUCUUUGUGCAAAAGGGACUGUGAUAAUUUAGAGUGUUUGAGUGGGCUUGGAGUGAUGGGUCCUCUUAUGGAGCUUGUGGAAGAUGGGACUGAGAGGGCUAAGAGGAAGGCCUCGUUGCUUUUGGAGCACUUGCGUGGAUUUCAAAGGAGGUCCUGUUAAUUGUUUUGUUUCUUUUCUCAUCUGACACAAGAAAAUUGCACGAUUUUUUUUUGCAGUGGAUUUGAG